GAGACACCUACUGCACGGCCGAGGUCAUCAGAGACACCAUCACCUACAACCUGCUGACCAUCCUGCAGUACUGACCCCAGAGCAGCUCCGGGGCCCAGCCUGGACGGGUCCCUAUGGCCAUGGUGAUGUGGAGACCAGUGUUUUCUUAGUGUAAUGGAAGAAACAGGACAAGGAGCAGAACCAGAACCAGGAGCUGGAGCAGGACAAGGAGCAGAACCAAGAAGGAACCCGACUCACACAGACGCUUUGGCUUCAGGAUGCUCCUCUCUGACGACUCAGCAGCUUCAGGAGAACGUCCGGGUGGUGAAGCGGCAGCACCGCCCCGAGAGGCUGAUGUUUGAAAUCCCUUCAGCUCGGAUCAUCGACCAGGUUCUGAGCAAACAUGUGGUGUACCAGGUGGUGCUGAUGCGCUCGGGCAGGUUCGAUUCCCGCCGUGUUUCAGUCGAGCGCCGCUACAGCGACUUCUCCCGCCUGCACCACGCGCUGCAGCGGGAGUUCCGGGACGAGCUGGAGGACCUGGUUCUGCCCCCGAAGCUGCUGAGCCGGAACUUCUGCCCUCACGUCAUCGCUGAGCGACGCGUGGCGCUGCAGGACUACCUGUCCGAGGUGUCCCGCGUGCGCUGCGUGCGCCGCUGCGGGCUGUUCCCCGCGUUCUUCACGGAGCAGGAGCAGAGGCGCGGCCACGCGCUGCUGCGGGCGGGGCAGUUCGAGGCGGCGCGGCAGCAGCUGCAGGAGGUGCUGGUGAUGGAGGAGAAGCUGUUACCGUGGCAGAGCGCCACCCUCCUCGUGCCCACCCUCUCCGCCAUGGCCGUGUGCCACCGGGACCUGGAGGAGCCGGAGCACGCGCACGACGCGGCGCUGCGGGCUCUGCCUGCGGUCCGGCGCUACGGACUGAAGCGCCACAGGGCGGCGCUGUUGAGCCUGCUGGUGGAUGUGGGGUACGAGCUGGGGCGUCCGGUGGCCCAGUUCCAGGAGGAGCUGAGCCGGCUGAGGGACGCGGAGCGAGGGGGGGUGUCCUCCUGCUCCCUGAAGGAGCUGGUGGUGCAGGAGUUCAUCUGAGGACCAGGGGCCACAGGGCCGGGCCCGCCGCCCCGGGGGCCCUGAACCUGGGGGGGGGCUCACUGACAGGAGCUCUGAUGUUUAAAUGUUGAAGUUACUGUUUAUGAAACAUGAUUAAACUCAGUUCAUUUCUACUGACUACAGAAGACAUGCCUGGUUUGUAGGGUUAGACUAAAUGUAUAUAUACACACACCUGUGUAUGCCUCUAUAAUGAGCUUUAGUUUGACACACAAUGUCUGCAAUGAAUCUGAGGACACACUGUCUCUGAGGACACACUGUCUCACUGUCUCAUGGGACACACACUGUGGUGGAAACCUCUGACAUCACUACUCAAUAAAAGCACAUGGACCUAU